UAGUUUGGGUAUUUUAAUGAGAACACUAUGCGGUCUAAAUGUUAAGUCUUGAAUUAAUAUUCUUUAAUAUUUUUAAUAUAGUUCAUUGUAUAAAGGUUUGGAUAUAUAUUUUAAUAGAAAGACCGCAUUGGCGUAACCCUGGUAACCGAGGGCCACAAACACAGUGGAGUUGUGCUUAGAGUUAGAGUGUUUGAGUUUUGCUGAAUCGUUCUAUGGUUUUUGAAUGCGUAGCCUUUGAAUUCAAAGGACUUUAUAUAGGUACGUUCCUGAUUGGCGCAAGCUUGAGAAAGUGAAGGGGUGGACAUUUACAGAUAAAAUGACAACUUCAUUUGACUUCAAAGAAAAAAUAUACAAAGUAAAAUUUCCUCUUGACCACUCGUUUGAGACGCCUGUGGAGCGCAGACAAGCGGCUGAGGCCGCACGCAAGGUUCGGGUUUUUAAUGUAAGGCAACGUGUAAUGGGCCUUGACCUGGAUGCGCUCAACCAACAGACACAGGAGAAAAAGCACCGUGAAAAAAUGGAACGAGAAAGGGACAAAGUUUAUGAUGAACUGCGACUGAAGCAUGAUGAAAAGCUAAUUCAGAAAGACAGAGAGGAAAGAAAAUUGCGUGAAGCUUUGCACACUGAUCUGACUCAGUACUGGAGCAUCCAGCAGCGUGUGGAGGACUCGCGCGAUGCCGAUCUCAAGUGCAGUCUGAGGGGGGCAUUCAGCAUCAACCUUACAGAGCCUGAGCUGGGGCCUUCCAGCAUGCAGAUCUUUCAGGGCGAAGAUAUUGGAGAGGCACAGCGAAAGAGAGAACAAAUGAAACAAACAGAAGGGGAUUUGUUGGCACAAAUGGAACAAAAUGAAAGAAGGUGCAUGAAGGAGAAGCACAGAGAGAUGUUGGCAGAGAAAGAGCUGUUGCAGCAGGACAUCAGAUGGAAACAGCGACACCAAGCUGAGGAGGAAAGCAAAAAAGCUGCCCGAGUAGCUCUCGACCACUACAAUCAAGCUCUGGCUACAGAGCAGACUGAAACACGGAAGGAGGCACAUGGGGAUGAGGAGAGGGAGACUCUAGCUGAGAAAUGGCACAUAUUGACAUCGGCCAUGAUAACAGAAGGUUGGGACACGGCAGUGAAGCAGCUGAAGGAAGGGAAACCCGCUGCGACUGACGAGUGGAGGGGCAUGAGCCCUGAGCAGCUGAGUGCCAUCUACAAGGAAAGGGAGGAACAAUGCAUUGAGAGACAGAGACAGCGUGAUAUCGAGAAGAACCAGGAAGCAGCAUGGAACUCCCAGAUCCUGAAGGCAUCCGGAGAAGCCCGGCAGGAGGAAACAAGAACCUCGGAUCUAAGGCGAGCAAAGCGGAUCCAAGCAGACCAAUUCAACACGCAGCUGGCCAAAGAGCAGCAAGCACAUCAGCAGUACUUGAACAAGGAGCUGUACACCAACAAACCCACUCAGGAUUACUUUCGCCAAUUUAACACCACCUCUCGCUGAUGAUGCAAAAGUACCCAAGUAACAUUUUUUCCGGCCUCAGUGUGACACUUCAAUACAUUACUAAAUAAAGCACAGAGUAGAUUGUUCCACAUACUUUAUUGUCCGGUCAUUUACCCAGUUACAAUGGUGUAUUGAUGAUGCAAUUACACAUAUGUUGGCCCCAUGGAGAAUUGUAUGUGGGGCACCCAGUUCCGAGUUGCACCAAGUUGGGCUGUUCAUAUACCACAACGAGGCACAUUUACAAACCGAAAGUGAAAUAAACUCUUUGAUUUCCAUCACCCACGCAGUCAUUACUCGUUUCAAAAAUGCUCGUGACUUCUUCUGCACACAAAUAUUUUAUUGUUGUUUAUUAAACUAUAAAAUGGGGGAAUGGGUGAAGAAGAACUGCACUUCCAUUCGACACUUGAAAAGCAGGAGUGGCAACUGAGUGAACGUCAGGCCUCGUUGAAAGCUAAUGUUUGCCAAGCAC